AUGAGCUCCAUUUUGAACUUGUCAAACUUGAAAGACAAGAUCACAUCCAAGUUGAGCCUGCUGGGAUCUUCAAAGAACCAAAAGCCUGGAAAGAAGGAAUCCAUCCAGGGGCAUAAGGAUGCCAAUCAAAAGCUGGAGAAGGUGAACGAGUCGAAGGUUAAAGACUCAAAGAAGAAGUCAAAUAAGGGAUAUAAAGGAAAUGAGAGCAAAGCAGCAACAGUAGAUAAAAAAGAAACAACAAAGCUGCGUGAUACUGAUGAGAUUUUGCGUCAGGAAGCGUUGGCUUUGGGUGCAACUGAGGAAGAUUUAAAGUUACUACAGGGGAUUGAAAGUGACGACGAGAAAAGUGAACUAGAGUUUGAUGAUGACUCGAAAUUGGACAAGGAAUUUGGUAAUGAUUUGAGCAAAUUUAUAAAGGAUAUUGGCCUAGGAAAUGGAGAACCCAUUGUCGUUGAUGACGAGAGCGUUGAUGAGGAAGAGGUUGGUGAUGGUCUUGAACAAGACGAAGAGGAGGGGGCUGACCUUGAUGAAGAAGAUGCUUCAGUUUCAGAUUCCAGCUCCAGUGAAGAUGAGGAGGAGGAAGAGGAGGAAGAUGAAAACGUACCGGAGUUGGUGCACGACGGUUCUACCAAUGAUACAAGUAAUGACGAUGAUCAGGUAGUUGUCAAGCAAGCUGAGCUCAAUAAUUCAAAGAAAGGAGCCAAAAAGGAUGAGAAUUCUGAUGAGAUAACCGACCUCUCAAUGGUUUCAAGUGGGAAACUCGCGGUUCCAAACAGGUUGGAUUGGUACAAUAUAUACCCACUUACCAAUGCUGAAGCAUUGCCCAAGCUCGAUAGGUUUGCUCGAGAAAGGCUCCUCGAGCGUGGACAAAAAACUUUGGACAAAGACAACAAGGCAUACUUGGAAGAGUUUGCAUCGAAUUCUUCACAGAAGAAGUUCUUGUCACAGAUCUUGUCAGAUGGUACUUUGAAUGAUAAGAUAUCUGCUUUGACACUAUUGGUGCAGGAGGCUCCCUUGCAUAACCUAAAGGCUCUUGAUACACUUUUGUCCUACUGUGAUAAAAAAUCUAGAACAGCUGCCUUACAAUCAAUCGCUGCUUUGAAAGAUUUACUACUUAAUGGGCUAUUGCCUGAUCGUAAAUUGUUUGCAUUUGAUAAGCAACCUUUGUCUAAAGAUGAAUCCUUAAUGACUGAUGCUCAAUUGGCUGUUUUCUGCUUUGAAGAUCAUUUGAAAAAGGCUUACUUCAAAUUGCUUCAAAUCUUAGAGAGACUUUUGCAGGAUCCGAUUGUUCAUGUUAGGAUGAGUGCAUUGAAUCAUGUUUUUGACUUGCUCAAGUCAAAACCUGAACAGGAAGUCAAUUUGUUGAAAUUGGGUGUGAACAAGUUGGGUGACACUGAUAAUAAAGUAUCUGCAAAGGCAUCUUAUUUGAUCUUGCAAUUGGAGCAAACGCACCCAGCGAUGAAAAAGAUUGUCACUGACGCUGUAAUCGAUGUAAUAUUUCAAAGCACCACCGAUGACCAUUCAAAAUACUAUGGAGUUACUACACUCAAUCAAACAAUCAUCACGAGGAGAGAAGACGAAUUGGCAAACGCUUUGGUCAAGACGUAUUUUGCGUUAUUUGAAAAGGUUUUGAUUGAAAGUAAUGCGUUUACAAAAACCACAAACGGUCCUGAGAAGGAUAAAUUAAUGGGAGAAUCUCAAAGGGGAAGAAAGAACAACCGCAAGAAUUUCAAAAAGGGUAAGAAGGGAGGCAAGUCGGUCAAGCAGGAGGAAAAAUCGCAACAGGAGAUAGUGGAGGAAAAGAACUCAAAGAUGUUCUCAGCUUUAUUGACUGGGUUGAAUCGUGCAUUUCCAUUUUGCAAUUUGCCGAAUGAGGUAUUUCAAAAUCAUUUGGACACAUUGUUCAAGAUUACCCAUAGCAGCAAUUUCAAUACCGCUAUACAAGCUUUGGUCUUGAUCAAUCACAUAAUUACGAAACAAGAAUUAAACUCAGAUAGGUACUACAGAACAUUGUACGAAUCAUUGCUUGACUCGAGGUUGGUGACCACAUCAAAACAGGGAAUCUACUUGAACUUGUUGUAUAAGUCAUUAAAGAACGAUUCUGGCAACAUUCCACGAGUAUUGGCAUUUGUAAAGAGGAUAUUACAGGUUAUUGCGCAUUGGUUGAAUGUUGGUGCUAUUGCCGGUAUGUUGUUUUUGCUCAUGGAAUUGGCCAAGUCAAUGCCUGAAAUUGGCGAUUUGUUGAUUGAUGCAAAUUCAAGACCAGAUCAGGAAGAAGAAGACGAAGAAGCUAAUAACAAGGAGCCAUCUGCGGAAGUUGAAGGUUCCGAUAAGACAGACUCAAUUUCAGUUCAACAAGCCAAUAUUUAUGACCCUAAGAAACGUGAUCCAAAUUUUGCCAACGCUGAUAAAUCCUCUUUGUGGGAAAUUGAUUUAUUCUUGAACCACUUUCAUCCAACUGUGGCACUUUAUGCUUCGUCAUUCAUUGAUGGAACUCCACAAGCCAAACCGGAUUUGGGCUUAUACACAUUGGCACAUUUCUUGGAUCGUUUUGUUUAUAAAAAUGCAAAGCAAAAGCCUCAAACCAAAGGUUCUUCAAUUAUGCAGCCAUUGGGUGGGGCACAUACGGGAGAGUUGUUGGUUAGAUCAACCAACGUUUUGGACAGCUCUACGCCAGCAAACACUGAAAACUGGUUGAACAAGAAAGUUGGUGAUAUCAAAGCUGAUGAACGGUUUUUUCAUCAAUAUUUCACUACUAAAGUCAAUAAAUUGAAGAAGAGUAGUAGCAAGGAUGAAGGAGAAGGUGGUGAUGAUGGCGAUGAUCUUGAUGAGGACAGAGAUGAAAAUGGUAUGGACGAUGACGAGGUCUGGAAAGCUUUGGUCAACUCAAGACCAGAUGUUGAAGCUUCAUCUGGCGAUGACAUGUCUGAUCUUGAUCCAGAGGAUUUUUCCGAUUUCGAUGAUGAUGAAGUGGAGCUUCUGCAAGGAGAGGAUGAUGGUGAAGAUUUUGAUGAUGGGGAAAUUAAUGAAUUUGAUAGACCGCUCUCAGCAGGAAAUGAUGUGGACGAGGAGGAUGAAGAUGUUAAUGGUGACGAAGAAGACGAAUUUGAUGACGAAUUUGAUGAAGAUGAAGCAAAGAUGUUCAAUAUCAAUGAUGACGAUGAGUUUUCCGACUCAGAAGUGGAUGUGAAAAUCUUGGGAGAAGGAGAAGAUGGUGCAAGCGAUAGUGAUGAGGGUAGCGACGAUGAAAAAGAGACAGAGAAGGAGGUUUUCAAAGGAAGCAGAAAGCGGAAGAACGAAAAGGAUGACAAUGACAGUACCAAGCCAAAGAAAAAGUCCAAGAGACCUAGAAUUAAGGAUCUACCAUUAUUUGCAUCAGCUGAAGACUAUGCUGAUAAGUUAUAA